UUUACAUAAAUAGUUUUUGUGGCACCCGGAACAAACUAUGAUACGAUGUGUAAGUACAGACUGAAUGCUCUGGCUCCGAUGUGAACACAGGAGCUGUAGAGCCGCCACAGUGUUGUCAGCAUCAGCAUCUGUCGGCUGGAGUCAGAUAAACCGGAAGGAUGCCUCGGCACGGAGGAAGCGUGGGGCUUUUAUUGUGUUGACGCUGUAUCCGAUUAUAAACAGUUCGGUCCUCACACCAGAACACGUCCAUUUUUCAUGUUACUUGAUUGAUAAGCUGCCAUGUUCCCAUCGUGUUACUCCAAGCCCAGCGGCUCUAAGACGAGCUCCAUCGCUAAGCUGCUGCUCGGAGUCUUUGUGGUUUAUAUGAUCCACACCGUCUGGCUGCUGUACGGCUUCCUCAACACCAGACCCUGCGAUGGAGACAGGGGAGAGCACUGCAUCGUCUCGUACCUGGCAGCAAGACCCAGACUCCAGAUGAGUGUGUUCACCUGCCUCGUGCCAGACAACAGCCAGCUCAGCCUUGCUGUAAAAAUAGACCCGUUUGACCCACACUCUACAUUUGAGAGGCAGGUGAAUGUCUCUCUGCCAGAGGAGACUCGGGCUAAUGGCACCCUGUAUGCAGUCGUGUAUGUUCACAAAGUCGGCGUUUCACCUCUGGAGGACAGCAGAGAAGUCCACCAUGCAGCUCAGCUCACCACCUACAUCACUCCCACACACGCCGAGAGGCAAAGAGAAAUGCAGAAGAAGCCCAGAUCAGAGAAUCCAGUAUCCCAUUGGAGACCUCACCUGUCAAUCACUAUGAUGUCAGAGGACUUCACCUUCAACAAGGCGGGCCUCCCUAGUGAUGUGCGGCGCUAUAUGAGAGUCUCUCAGGGUGGCCAGCAGAUGAUCUAUCUCCCUCUGCUGCUGAUUAACGAGCUCAGCUUAGGAGUCAGAGACCUCAUGGAGAUCAACAGCAGCACCUUUCAGCUUCCUCUGACUGUGUCCUACGAGGGAAUCUCUUUAAGGAGGUUCCGGUUCUGGGUGCACCUACAGGAUGUGGUUUAUUCCCUGCGACAGUUUGGCUUCACAGAGGAGUACGUAGACGAGAUUAAAGAAACUUUGGUGGGCUCCAACCUCUACUUGUUAGUGUUGACUGCACUCAUCACAGCCAUACAACUCGUGUGUGAACUCUCGGCUCUGAAAAAUGACGUCAUCUCAUGGAGAAAAAAGAAGAGCAUGGCGGGAAUGUCCAGGAAGUCUGUUCUGUGGCGUAGUCUUAGUACUUUGCUAAUUUUCCUCCAUCUGCUAGAGGAGACCAGUUUACUAGUGCUAAUUCCUGUUGCACUGGGAGCUUGUGUAGAGGUAUGGAAGGUGUUUAAAGUCUUUAAGAUCCAGCUGCAGUGGAAAAGCUCCAGACUCCAUGUAAAUAAACUGGAUGAAGAGGAACGGAAGACGGUGGAGUAUGAUGCGCAGGCUGCCAGAUAUUUGUCCUACUUGGUCUACCCUCUGUGCAUCAGCGGAGCUAUUUUCUCACUGGCCUACUUACGGCAAAAGAGUUACUAUUCCUGGUUGAUCAACAGCCUGGUGACUGGAGUGUAUGCCUUUGGCUUCCUGUCUAUGGCCCCACAGCUCUUCAUCAACCACAAGCUGAGGUCUGUGAGUCACCUGCAGGGGGCAGUGUUGAUGUACAGAGGAGUGAACACGCUGAUCUCAGAUCUGUGCUCCUGUGCCUCCUUUUUCUCCUCUUCUGGAUUCUUCUCUUCCUCUCAUCAGCUUUCCUGCUUCAGAGACGAACUCCUCUUCUUCCUCUACCUCUACCAGCGAAGGUGUUACGCUUCCAAGGCCAGAAGGCGAGAUUCUGGGACCCACAGCAAGAAACUGAAAACUCAGUGAGGAGAAGACAAAUCCCCUUUUCUAAAAUAAAGGCAAAAACAUGCAGAAUCUCAUCUUUAAAGCAACACUGAAGAUCUGGAAUGGGUAUUCAGGCGGGACUGUGUGUGCCACAGCAGCUUCGAACUGAUCCAACAUGAGCUGUUUUGAUCCUGACUCCUCGCUGCUGUACACUCUGCCGCUUUCUGCUUCCCUUUUACUGCAACAGUGAUAGAACUCAUUCAUCUCUGCUGCACAUGUUAUGCAGGGCUGCCUUUCAAGAAGAAUAUUGAGAUCAUUGCAUCACCAGCUGCAAUGUGCAUUUGUCUGUCUUUGCUCUUAAUGUAACACACAAGAGGAUUAUGUUAUAAAGCUUAAACCC